AGAUGCCGAUGGGCCCCGGUGAAGGAUGUACAGUGUAGUUGCCCACCAGAGCUAUGGUCGCGGCGAUCGGAGGCAGCGAGGGCAGCAGCAGAGCGGGGGCGGGCAGCAGGGACAGCAGCAGGGACAGCAGGACGGGAAGGACGGCGAGGCCUCCCGCAGGCGACGCGCCAAGCACCGCCUCUCCCUCACCGCCAAGAUCAUCAACUACAUCCGCAGACGCUUCAAUAAUGUCGAAGAAGAGGAGCUGGACGAAUUCAAUAUUCACGUGUCGAGGUACAGGGUCGAGGAACUUGGUAAACUCACCAAAAGCACGAAAUUCACGAAAAAGGAAAUCCAGCUUAUUUACAGAGGAUUUAAACAGGAAUGCCCGACAGGAAUGGUCGACGAGGAGUCAUUCAAGCAUAUUUUCUCUCAAUUUUUUCCACAAGGAGAUGCGACGCAGUAUGCGCAUUACGUGUUCAAUACCAUUAAACACUCUCAAAGUAACAAGAUAAGUUUCGAGGAUUUCCUUGGGAUCCUAUCAAAGGUGUCCCGUGGGAGCGUACAGGAGAAGCUGCAGUGGAUCUUCGGGCUCUACGACCUGAACGGAGACGGUCUCAUCACGAAGAAGGAAAUGGAAAUGGUGGCCGUGUCCAUUUACGACAUGCUCGGCCGCAACACCGAGCCGCAGAUAGACGAGAAUACCGCCAAAGAGCACGUCGAGAGGGUAUUCCAGCUGAUAGACACAAACAAAGAUGGGGUGGUGACGAUAGACGAGCUAGUGGAAUGGUGUUCGCGGGACGAGCGGGUGCUGCAAUCCUUAGAAACUCUGGACACGGUCCUGUGAUUCACCGGCUGGAGACCUUCCGAGGAGCCCAGAAAACUUGCCGCGUGAUGCGCUGACGCAGUUGAUGCCUCCGCAGCGUGCUGCCGUGCGAAGCAAAAACGGCGUAUGAUCGGCGUGCUCGAAUAUUGCCAAAUCACGUCUUAGAAAAGAAUUAUUUUUGGGGAGAGUUAUGAGUUUCUUGAACUCUUCAUAUUUUUAAGAUUCAAUGGACCGCACCAAACAGAAAGGAACCAAGCCACAUCAGAUGUUGCCGAAUUUAACAGGGGAAUUUGAUUUUUUA